CACUAUGCCCUCUGGAGGGAGGGGAUCCAUCAUCAUGACAUGAGCUCUGGAAACCUGAUGUACUAUAGGGUGGACAGCAAGGUGAUGGGGGUCUUAAACAAUUAUGACCUUUCAUCUUUAACAAGUUCUGCCAACCCAUUGGGUAAUGAGUGGACUGGAAUGAUACUGUUCAUGGCAAUUGACCUCCUCAAGGAAGAUGGCCAGGAUGGCAGAGUGGAGCACCUAUACCACCAUGAUAUG